GGAGCGGCUCACGCAUUUGCUGCACUUGUGUCAAUUCAUUCAGUGCGGAUUCAUUCGAUACUUUGCCACCUAGAAAGACGGACGUACGUCGGUAGUGGUCGCGUCAGAGCUAGUUUAGUAGUGCUACGGGGUAGCAAAUAGGUGUUAAGAUACAAUUCAAAUCAAAAACAGAAGCAAACCUUCAAAAGUGUAUGUGUGUUCCGUGCAUAAGAAGUAGUAGUCUUUCUAGGGUGUACAGAUUUCAUGAAAUUAUUCUCCUAGCAAUAGUUUGAUCAAUAGACUUCAGCGAGCGGCAAAAUUUGCAAGUGACGAACCUACGGUAUUGCAUCAAACUGUGACUUGACGAUAUCGAAGAGCAAAAGAUUUCGGUAAGACGAUCAGCUUACGACGUUCAGCACAAAGACACCGUAGCUGGCGGAAUGUGUAUUGCAAUGACUGUUCGAUCUACACGAUUUGCUGAGGUUUAAAUUCUUCGCAAUACUUUACAGCAAGUGGUCCUAAGAAAGUGAACAAUCCUACAGGCACAAGAGGAUAGAAGAAUGACCAGCACCUCACCGAGUGCUACUGCAUCACACUGUAGAGUAGUGUUACUGUGAGAAAGUGGAAAGUCUCGCAAAACCCGGGCGUGUUUCUGUACACCACCAUCACCACCAGACUAGAGUGAUCAAACUUGCAAACAGAUGUUAGAACAAAAGAAGUUAAAUCGACAAGCGUCCAGAAUGGCACGGUUUGUGGCAUUGGCGGCAUUGGCUGGGUGUCUUUUGAUGCUCAACAGCUAUGCGCCCUCUGUACAGGCACGUGUAAUCGUACGUCGCCAGGCAGAGGAAUCCGUCCCAACAGUGGUUUCAAACAAUGCAGAACAAAUGGUAACGGAUGCGGUGCCAGAAGUGACAACGUUGGCCCCAACAGACGAAGAUGCAGCUAAUAAGGUGGCAACUACUCCACCCCGACCAAACGAUCGUUUCGAACAGUUCCCGGCCGAGGGUUUAAACUCGGACAGUGCCGUCAUUUCGGCUGAUGUAAGUGAAGAUGAGCUAACGUCUUCCCUUGCGGAAACGAUGGAACGGGAGGAAGAAGCUAUUGCUGCGACUACGCUAGCACCAUCUGGUGAGGAAUCCGUAGGACAAGACUCGUCCGGUACGGUCGAGGAGGAUAGUGCGAAUUCUUCAUCGUCACAAGCAACGAAUGAAUCGCUGAGCGAUAGCCAACAGCAAUCAGAUAGUGGUGCGUCCGAUAAGAGUGAAGAUUCAACGGAAUUGUCCGCUGUAAAUACUGUGGUAUCUGCAGAAUCUACGGCAAACAAUGCAAUUACCACACCGGCUCCAACAGCCGCACCGGCUCGUUCGGAUGCCCUAAAUGAGUUGGGCUCCGAAGUGGAGAACCUUAGCAGUGGUAGCGGAUCAUCGUCAGUGGAGUUACAAACAUUGGAAUCGGAACCGUCCGCUGAAUCGGACCAAAGUUCGAGACCUGAAAGUACGGAACAAACCGUCCAGCAGCAGGGUCCCAUUGUGCAGGAUACGGUGGCCGAGGAGACCACCACCGAGGUCAGAGUUGAUGAUGAGGAUGUGAAUAGUGUCGCCGCAGUAACCGCUGUGCCCGUUCCCGAGGCUAACCCAGACGCGGAAACAUUAGGUGCCGCGGGCACGAAUCGUACCGAGGACGAUGGUGAACGGUUCGACUUAAGUAGGUAUACGGCGCCAUCCAACUACUCGCAGGGUGCUGUAUUGCGGAACGAAAGUUCCACUGUCGACGAGGUGUCGUUCGAUGAUGCUGCAACAGAACUCAGUACGGAGGAACCUUUGCCGGUGACCACGCUAUCGACACUUAACGUUGACUCGGAAGAUGAAUCCACCUCCAAUGGAGUCCGUGUGAACGAAAGCGUCGAAAGAAACAGUUCCGUGUCGGUGGAAAGGACACAGAUCGAAACGACUGCUUACGAAGAAUCUUCGAAUGAGGUGGACCGCAACCAGACACAAACCGGUACGAUCCCAUCCCGUACCAAGAAGGGUAAAUUCUUGGACCAGUUCAAUGAGGAAACUACGGAGGACAAUGAUAUUAAUCUGCCGAAUGGGGCUGCCUGGGCAUUGGCCGGAAUGCGUAUGGUGGAGCGAAAGCAAUCCGACGUUGGUCAGGCUGUGAGUGAAAGCACGGAAACUGUAAGGGACGAUAGCGAGAAUGUGGUGGCCAACAAUACGCUUAAGCAGCUGAUGGAUUGGGCAAUAAUUAUGCAGCAAGCGGACUUUGCGAAUAGUUCGUUCGUGCGUUCCACCGUAUCAUCCGAUGAACCGUCGGUUGGUAAGGAUAGACGAACGUAUGCGAAUAAGGUCCCGACUGUCGAGGGUGGCGAUGUUCUGAGCGAGGAGAAUCGGUUGACUGCCAUCGUAACAGAAGCAGCACCAACGAGAGCCGCCAAUGAUGGUGAGAGUGUGGCCACCGAAGCGGAAGAUGCGAAUGUAGUCGAUACGACGUUUGUCCCAUCAACCGAGAAACCGAAUAACGAUGGACAAGAGUUGGAAGAUUUCAAAUUUGAAGAUCGAUCAACUAGCAGCACAACGAUGGCGAAUGAAGUUGUGGGCAGUAGCGACAGUGGAAACGUUGUUCCUACCACUACGAGACGUACUUAUGAAGUUAGUGAAAAUGUGGACGAAACUGAGUUAGCUACGAAGAUUCGUAAUACACCGGAAAUUCGUACGUCAACAACGACAACACAACGAUCGGACGUUAGCACCGGUUUCGGUAUGUUUGAGGACGUCCCAGUGACGACAUACUCGCCUGUGGCACCGAUACUGAGACGUACGGAACAAACGACACCUCCGAUACCGAUUACCACCAUGAUUACUCGCAUCGCUAGCACGAUGCCUGCAAGACGUCCAAUCACCUUGCAGCAAGAACUCGCUGGCAUUACCACCACGGAUGUGUCAAUGAAAGAAGCUACAAGCACAGACUUGGGUAGUGCAACAUUCACCACGACAGUAUCAAACAGCGAAUUACCACCAGUGCUGCGUGAAGGUUCCGACUCGAAGCCACUAGAUCAGGACACAACCGAAUUUUCGGAAGUGAACCAAAAUGUGCGCACCGACGAAAGACUUCCGGUACCCACCACAACCACCAUUUCUACUGUGACCACCGUUGUGCCGAACCUUUCCAGUGCGACGCAAACGAACAAUGUUGAGUUUGAUGAUUCCUCUGCGGGUGAAAACUUAAUUGGACAGUCGAGCGUAACUACGGAACGUUCGGAAUCACCUCAGCUGACCACCGACGAGACGGCUGACGAGGGUGGCAAAGUUCCGAUUGUGCUGGACGACAAGCAUCUGUACGACAUGGUUUCGACGACAACAAUCGUUGCAACAACCACUACGAGCACGUCUUCUUCAGCCCCAACAACGGAGCACAGCUCUGGUGUAGCGGUGAAUGGUUCCGGACAAUCGGUUGGCAUUUCGGCCGAAGCUUACACUACACGCCGCACAAUUGAUCGUUCCAUGACGACAACCGAACUGUCCGAGGAGGAAUCCGUCACCGAGGAAGACUACAUUGAGCUGAACAAUGUGCCAGCUGCGGGAGGCACUAGUAAACCUCAGGGAGAUGGUCAGAAUCAGACAGAUCAAUCGGAACAGGGUGUACAGCGGCAGGACACUAACGGUACGACGGAACAGUCUCAGAGUGAACCGGCUGCCGAAGAGGAUAACAGUGUUGUCGUGGCUGUAGUGGCCAGUAUUGUGAGCGUGAUUGUGGUGCUACUAUUGAUAGCGGCUUUCAUGUACUAUCCGCCAUUGCAGAUCGUGUUCCGCAAGCGUCAGAAUCAGGUUUCGUACGGACAACGCUGUCGUCCGGUUGGGCUGGAUGCGUACAGCUUGGACAAUGUGUCCGUGUAUAACAGUGUCCGCCGGAAGGGUAAUACGGCACGGAUGUCCAAACGCUCGUAUGGCAAUUCAGCGUUCGAGGAUCCUAACUUCAAAACCAAUCCACUGACGGUGGCAGAGCUGGCCAACAUUAUCCACAAUAAGACGGCCAUUUACGACGAGUUUAAGGAGAUCCCGAACGUGACGGCACGUGCUGAUGAGGUACCGGAAGGAUGUGAGGAUAAGAAUCGGUACGCAAACGUAGUUCCAUUACCGGAAACGCGCGUUCAUCUGAAGCGGAUGAGCGACGAUGAGAAGACGGAAUACAUUAAUGCCAACUUUGUGAAGGGUCCAAAGGAUUCUGCCAACUAUUACAUUGCCUGCCAGGCACCGAUGGAGAACACGAUCAACGACUUUUGGCGCAUGGUGUGGGAGCAAAACUCGAAAGUUAUCAUCAUGGCAACGGAUCUGAGCGAAAACGGUGUGGAAAAGUGUGCCGAAUAUUUACCGCCAUCGGUUGUGCUGGACAAUAGUCGCACGUUUGGAGAUUUCCAGCUAACGUUGAAAAAUCGUGAAAACAAGGAGAAGUAUACAAUCUCGACGGUGCACAUGCGCCACACGCCCAGCAACACAAUGCGCGAGAUCAUGCACUUCUGGUAUCAGUGGCCCGAUACGGGCGUCCCGAUCGACGAAUCGUCCAUCAUCGGUAUGCUGCUGGAGGCACGCACUUACCUGAAACUUUCCCCCUCGGAGCUGGCGGAAUUUGCCACGAUCGCCGAGGAGACCGAGGAAUCACCUGUCCAGCCAAGCGAAGCUGCCAACGGAACGGAUACCACCAAUGCCAGCAAUAAUAAUAAUAACAACAACAAUAAUAACGCCACUAGCAAUGGUACGGCGGGCGCGGGCAAAGAACCGACCAGCAUCGUCAGCAACGGUGGCACUAUGGACAAACACAAAUCGUUGCAACGAACUCAGGGACCACUCACCGUGCACUGUUCGCCGGGAACUGGACGUACCGGAACGCUAGUCGCAUGUGACAUUGCGCUGCGUCUACUAGAGGUGCCACCGCGUACGGUGGAUCUGCCACAGAUAGUGUACUACGUACGGCGAGGACGGGCCAGUGCCGUCCGAACACGGGAACAGUACGAACUGAUCUACAGGGUAGCUAACGUGUACGCGACCAAAUUGACGGGACCGACCAUAGAAACAUAGGAAAGACUCAUUUAAAAUCAAGUAUUGUGAGUAUGUUCGACACACCUCGGAUGGAGAUGAGCGAUCCAUCGGUCCACGAUCCUCCAGAGACUCGAUCGACGCGAUUGAGGGGAAGCGAAGAGGAAGAAGAAAGGAACGUAAACCAGCACUACCAGAACAAAACAUGCAGCAAUCAAGGCAACUAAUGGAGUGCUAUGUGUCCUCCAGUGCGUCAACUACCAGCAAUACACGGAAAGUGUUGAAACUACCCAUCCACUAGCAUCUUGCAAUUUCCAGUUGCACCGCAAACUAUAAACACUUCAAUCACUGACCCUGUUCUAAGGCUUCCCCCUCGUCGUGCAGACUCUAGCCUGCUAAUAAACAGUCGUCGCUAGGUGAGAUCGACAGUGACACAGACACCGUCGGUAGCCGGGACGAUGAUGCUGACUGUCUCGCCUUCAGCGUAACAGGUAGUCAGCAUGAUCGUUCCUGCCGCGUGCUUCGGUGUCGGGGAUUACUCAUAAUACUUGAUUUUAAUCUCUAGCAGGGACUAGAGAAAAUCGCGAUAAUCCUUCAUCCUAUUCCUAAAUGCAAGAAGUAGUAGAAAACGAAAAAGUAUUUGCUUAAUCGCGGCGAAAUCAAUAUUGCAGGUGUUUAGGAAACACGCGUGCAACCUCUUCGAGAAUGCACGUGGUGCGUGAUGGAAGCAAACAACCCCGCAAAACGAUGCCUUAAAUAUUGAUAAAUGGGGGAAAACAAACACUUUAGCAAGGUUAAAAUUUGGCUCAAAUCUCAAUAUCUCAUCCACUGAUGUAAUUCUUUACAACUGUUUUUUCUUUCGCUGUUUCACUGUGGGUUGGGGUAUUGUUUUGUACAUGUGAAGAUCCGCGGUAUAACGUUAUAUCCUUUGUUUUGUUUGUUUUGUGUCGUACCCGUGAUGGUUCGUUGGGAAUGGCAUCCCUUUGUUCUGUCCAAAAUUAGCAUAGAUAUGUAUAGCUUAUGAAAGCAGCAAUGUAAAAGGAGAAUCGUUUAACGAUCAGCUCAAUACAGCGUGUCUAGCAGUUGCACUAGAAUUGGAAAAGGACUGCAAUGUUUUCGGCAGGAUAGAAUAGAUUUGUCUUAGCCUUGGCAUCAGAAACUAUCAAACUAACCUUCAAGAAGACCCCAACGAUCACGGGGAGUGUCGUACAGGGGAGAUAGAGAAAGAGAGGGAGAAUAUAUCGGAAGGACAACUUUGUUUUGUUGCAAUAUAGGAAGUAAUGGAGCAGUUAAACUCAAUACAUUUAUCAUCUAUGACACUCUUAGGCUAGGUAAGGAAUUAGGAUAAGAAAAGUGUCCCCAGCCCGAUGUUCUCUCCCUUGUGUCGUUCCUUCCCGCUCCUCAGAGGUUAGAUAGAUUUCGAAGGCAGCUUUCGUCCUGGCAAUUUAUAGCACUGAUUGUCCGACAAUUCGAAAUGAUCGUCUAAUUGAAACGAGCGAUGAAUAGAAACUAACUGACGAAAGAUUUGAUUAGAAAUGUGAUACUUUAGCUACGGGAUAUUUACACCGAAAAAGGAAGACACACUUACCUAUUAUUAUACACGGCAUAGAUUUAUAGGCAAAUUUAUAACUAGAACGAAAAAAAAACGGAGGGAGAAAGCGCGUGAAGCUACCGAUUGCAACAUAUCCCAUCUGCACAAGUACCCCACAGAGUGUAGAGAAUGCCCACCUUGGCAAACAUAAGCUUUAGCAUAAGAUGGGUACCGAUUUCAUACAGCUAAUGACGCUUUUCGUUUUGUGUACAUUUGCCACGAUUGGGUGUUGCAUUAAUUAUACAGCGUAAACUUCGCCCUUUACCUGAUAUUUUGAUCCUUGCUAACAGAGACAGUCGGUCGUUAAUAGUGGCAAGACUUGUUCCACUUAAAAAAAGAAGCCAAACAGCUCAAAUUUAUCACAGGCACAAUAACAGAAUUUGUGUAAUUAUUUAUCCUACUGGUGAAAAGCGUUCCGUAAUGCAAAUCUGUUGUUGGCUAUUUUUGUUGUUGUUGUGUAAGUACAAUCCACACAUCAAGCGUAAACUAAUGUCCAUCUGAGGCUGAAAACUUAACGUAACGACAAGCAAUUGAAAGAGAUUUCUAAAUCCGUGUCGCGGUUCGAGGGGGGAAUUAUACUCCCCCGGACCAUGUACCUUGUAAGAGAAAGGCAACGUGUGUAAGAAGUAAAAAAACAACAGACUGUAAUAACAGUUUUCCUUUGCAGGGCUGGUACUGUUAGAGCAGUACUACCACGUGUUGUAUUGACCACUAUUAGGAGCGAGGGGUUUCGAUAUUACUAUAAUCGCAAAAUGUUUGGGUGCUAUUACUUCGGGUUAAUAUGAGUGGAAGCGCACAACAAAAAGGUGGGUUCGCACCGUCCGGACCUGGUACCCUUCUAGAGUCUAUUUCGAUGUUAUAAUUCCUAAGCGUACCGCCGACUAGCUGGCCCUGCCAGUGUGGUAAGCGCUAUAUUAGAAGACAAAUAUUAAUCGGAAAGAAAAACAA